UAGAGUGGUGGCUACAGAGGUGGGAGCCAUGGCAGGAAAAGCAUUUAGAAAGUUUCUUCCACUCUUCAAUCAAGUAUUGGUUGAAAGGUGUGCAGCCGAAACUGUAACCAAAGGAGGCAUUAUGCUUCCAGAAAAAUCUCAAGGAAAAGUAUUGCAAGCAACAGUAGUGGCUGUUGGGUCAGGCACUAAAGGAAAGAGUGGAGAGAUUCAACCAGUUAGUGUGAAAGUUGGAGAUAAAGUUCUUCUCCCAGAAUAUGGAGGCACUAAAGUAGUUCUAGAUGACAAGGAUUAUUUCUUAUUUAGAGAUAGUGACAUUUUUGGAAAGUAUGUCGACUGA